UCUCCAAUGAAGUUCGCUCAGUUAUCAAUCAGCUGUUAGUCUGUGACUUAGUGUGGUGCUUUCUUUCAAGAGAUACAAGAUAAGUUUCACUAAACAGUUGAUCAAAAGUCGAUCUUCAUUGAUUCCAUAAGAAUCAACAUGUCUAUCAACCGCAAUAAUUUCGAUGUAUCCGAUUUUAUCAAUGUUGACUUUUUCCAUAAAGCUCUUACAAAUGGUUUAGAAUGCGGGGAUAUUGAAAUUAAGGAAGUCGUAUUUACUGGAGGCACCAAACCAGGGCAAAACUAUUGCAGUCAAAUACACCGCGCUACCGUAACAUUCAGAAAGGAUGAUCAGAAAGCAGAGACGAUCCAUUUAAUCGUAAAAUAUUUACCAACCAGUCAAUCGGAGUUUUUUAAACAAUUGAAAAUCUUUGAUCGGGAAAAUGAAAUGUACACGCUCGUACUGAAUAAAAUGAAAAAUAUCUUAAAAGGAGAAGAUAUAGCUCCCAGAUAUUUCUAUUAUACCGACGACCCAACUGAAACAAUUAUUUUUGAAGAUGUCACCCCAUUAGGGUAUAAAAUUGGAGAUGACCCCACUGGGUUGGAUGAAAAACACUGUGAACUAGUCUUCACGAAACUGGCCAGAUAUCACGCUGCUUCAAUGGUACUCGCAGUCAAGCAUCCUGAAAUAUUGGAGAAAUUCAAGGAUAGUGUAAAGCUGCCCGAAAAAGGUCCCGAUGAACCCAAUUUCUUUUUGGAUAACUUCAAGUACUUGGCCCAAUUGGUUGCAUCUUGGCCAGGGUUCGAAGAAACAGCUAAGAAACUGGACCGGUUCAUACCGACAAUUGAUGCAAAUUACAACGACUGGAGUGGCCCAGCUAAAAACGAGAUUAAAGUUCUCACUCACUGUGACCUUUGGACAAACAAUAUCCUUUUCAAAUAUGAUGGUGACGCAGUGAAGGAUGUGCUUUUUAUUGAUUUCCAAAUUUCGUACUUUUCGAGUCCCGGAAUUGAUUUAAUGCACUUCCUCUAUACAAGCCCGCAAUUUGAUAUAUUGAACGAAAGGCGCGAUCAUAUGGUUGAAGAGUACUACUAUAAAACACUUGCCUCUACUUUAGAAGAUUUAGGAUAUUUGCCUAUACCAACUUUUGCGGAUAUUGUGAAAGAAAUGGAAAAACGAGAAGUUGUCGGUUUUAUGUGGUCCAUGAUCCAGUUAUUCGUGAUUUGUAUUGACAAGGAUGACUGUGUUGACAAGGGUUUCGACGCUUUAAAUGACGCAGAAACCGGGUUGAAGCUACGAAAUGCUGGAAUGACUUCAGAGCGCUUCACAAAAACUAUUAAAUAUAUUUUGAGGCGACUGGAACGCGUAGGUGUAUUACAAUAAAUUUCAUAUUGUCAAUGAUUAUUUUACAAAGCUUA